AUGGAAAGAAAGAAGAAACAACUCAUCAGUGAUAACUCAAAGAUGAUGAACCAUGCUGAUCAUGCUGCACUUUCAUGUGAUGAAGAUGAUGCUCCUCCUCAUGACAUUAUCGACGCAUCUUCAUCACCACCACUCCCUAAGCAUUUACCAUCUGAAUACACACCAUCAACACCCCGCACGCGUCUCCCUAUUGAUCCACAGACAUUCUUCUAUUCCGAACUCAUAACCAAUCUUCCUCAUCCUCCUAAUUUUGACUCUGACCUUGAUAAUCUUGCCCUAAUCCCCAAAUCAUUCCAUAAAGAUUCUCAUCAAGAACAAGAACAAGACCAUGUUUCGCUUCUUCCUCCUUCUACCACUAGCAAGAUGCUGGGACGAUGUGAAUUCAUUCUACCACCGUCUGGCCCAGCAAAAAAGCGAAGACUCAUGAAAAGCCUGACAGUACCACCACCGUUCCUAUGGGCAACUUCAAAACGCGCUACCUUGUACACACUGGACCACUUGUUAUCUGUAUUGAAACUCCAGACUAUCUCUGGAACUCUUGAAUGCAAAUUCUGUAAGUUUCAACAAGACAUUCAGUUUGAUUUGGUUGAGAAUUUCAGGAAAGUGACAAGGUUCAUAGAGGAAAGAAGGAAUGAGAUGUGUGAUCGUGCACCCGGUGAAUGGAUGAAUCCUGUGAUACCGAACUGCGAGACUUGUGGAAAAGAGAAAGCAAUGCAUCCAUUGAUGACAAAGAAGAGAAACAUCAAUUGGUUGUUCUUGCUGUUAGGUCAAAUGAUAGGGUGUUGCAAGCUCGAUCAAUUGAAGUAUUUCUGCAAACAUGCUGAUAUACACAGAACAGGUGCCAAAAAUAGAUUGAUUUAUUCAACUUAUUUUGGUUUAUGCAAACAACUCCAACCAAACAAAUCCUUCCUUCCAUAG